AUGGGUUUCCUGUUCUCGAAAUUGAUCAGAAAUAUUGUCAUCGCCUAUGUGAUAUUCAGUGGUGUUCAGUAUUUGCUUCGAUCGAAGACGUACAACAUUUCGCCCAGGGAAUUCCGCAAUAUUGCAAGCAAAGCACAAGGAGCAAACAAUGUGGCGUCUGCUCUGAGUCGUCUUACAACCGAAUUGCGUAGCAAGUACGGUCCAUUCAUCGCUGCCGACACUCAGUGGCUAGCCUUGAACUUGGGUCAUAUGCCAAUAAGGGCGAUGUUUCUUCAUGCAUCUAUUACUGAAUUCAUUGCUGUCUUCGGUACACCUUACUCGGUAACGGGAAGAAUCGGCAUGCAUUGGUCGAACAGCACUUGUACGGUAUUGACUGGAACCGUGGGCCGGGUUUCUGAUGUGGGCCCCCUACCAAACAAGGAAACCUUCAGUGAAGGUAUGUUUCGAAGAGGCAAUUUCCGUCACGGACAAUUUGAGUCACAUAUUUACGCUUUCGGAACAGACACGUACGUCGUUUGCUAUGGUACGUUCUUUUCUCUUCCUUUAUUGAGACGUGGUCUCGUGCCGGUUUCCGGUCUCUGGGCUGCAACUGGUGCCCUUUCACACGGUGAACCGCUUUCAUUCUGUCGUCUGGUCUACGCGUACGGCCAUGAAGCAUUCCACCAGUUAAGUCUAUCCCUUACCAAUACUUUCAACUACUACAAGUCGAAAGCAACAGGAAAAACGGAAUUGUGA